AUGGCUCUCAAGCGCGAGAACCAGGCUCUCAAAGCCGAGAACGAAGCUAACAAGCGCGAGAAUGAGGUCCAGAAGCGCAAAAACCAGGCUCUCGAGUCAAUGUUGGCCCAGCUUAGUUACAUGUCACCAGAGGCCAUGGCGAGGACUGUGAAGGAAUUCAAGUUCGCAGUCGACCCAAACGCUCCUCUCCGCUCCAUCACCCCGUCAGGCCUUGAUCCUCGACGCUUUCUGCCUCAGCUGCACACCAAUGUCGAGUUUGAACUCAUGAGAGACUAUCCGACUGCGUACCCUAUUUCAGGAAACGCCCCUCGAUUCUCCAGUCCGGAGAGCACAGACUCCAGACCGUCCAAAAUGCGUCGGAUCACUGAAGCAUCUGAUUCGGCCUCGUCAUCGCCUGAACCGAGCACGGUAUUCAGCAACGUGUCCGUGGCCGGUUCUUCAUCGGGAGAAACCUCCAACGAGUCCGUGGUCCUUCCGUCGAGCACGUCCAGCGUCUUCUCGGUUGAGUCUAUCCCCCCUCCCCCAAUUCAGACCGACUCGCGCCUGAAAGAUCUCGACAUCACACACUGGACGGCCGUGUCCAUACCAAGCGAUGUUGCUGCGAAUGUCAUCUCACUUUACCUUGAGACGGACCAUGCCAUCCUAGGCUUAUUUGACACCGAACUGUUUGUGCAUGAUCUCACCCACUACGAAUACCAGUUCUGCUCUCCGCUGCUCGUCAGCGCCCUUCUCGCCUUUGCUUGCCAAGCGUAUGCGGCAUACGACCCUGCCGCCUCUGGUUGGAGUCACGAAUUCCAGGCAGAAGCAGACAGGUUAUGGCGCGCAGAUCGAGAAGACUCCCUGACGACUGUUGCCGCCCUGGCUUUCCUCAUUCAGUCUGUGGGCUGCAAUGGCGACGGCGAGCUCGACGUUCAGUACAUCAAAGACACGGCAGCCAUGGCAAAACGCAUGAAGCUCUUCGGCACUCCUGAUUCCUGCACCACCGAAGACCUCGGCAAACUCUCCGAGGAAGACGCAAGGGCGAAAGCACAGGUCGCCUGGGGGGUCUUCAGCAAUCUGAGCAUGGCGUCACAAUUCUAUCUGCCAGCUACUACCGAGUAUCCGCCAGCUCUUCCAAUACCUGGAAAGGACCCAAUCGUACAUGCUGGUACCAGAAGCGAGAGUCCUCCCGACUCUGGUUCUCGUAGGAAAAGAAGCGAACCACCACGAGGGGCAGCGACGUUUGCAGCGUUAUGCGAGCUAUGGGUCAUCUCAUCCCGAUUAACGUGGUACUAUCAGCAUGAUACUGGCCCUGGGAAGGCCGCCAAGGGGUUCGCCCUGCAGAAAUACCAAAAACUGCUGUCAUGGGCAGCCAACCUGCCCGAAGGUGUAACCCGUAAUGAGCACAGCCCUGGCCAUGUGCUCGUUUGCCAUAUGCUCUUCCACGGCACGAUCCUCUACCUCUUCCGGCCGUUCAUCCCCACCGAACAGCAACACACAAUCAACUCGUGGUCGCCGUCUGCGCCAGCUGUACCGUCCAUAUUUGCUGCUUCCCUCGAGCAGCUUAAAAGCCUGGUGGACACCUACAUGACAUUACCUCAAAGGACCUACUCCAUCUUCUGGCACAUAGCCCUCAUGCACGUGGCAAACGCCGCGGCAAACGACGCAAGCGAUCCCGAGGGACGACACUACUUUUUCAAAUGCAUCUAUGCUUAUCUGGGUCUCUACCGUUCCUUCGCCGUCGCCGGUGUGAUUGCGCAGGGUCUGCUGGGCAUGGCAGUCAAGAAGGGGACGCUGAAUGCCGCGGAGGGGUAUGCGAUAUGGCAAGAGUUUCGAGCGACGGACAGCCAGAGGAGCAGCGGGCAGUCGGUAGCUCCGACAGGGUUGUUCGUCACUGAUCUCAAUCUCGCCGUGAGGGAUCGGGAAGCGGCGAGGGUGGACAGGCUCAUUGAGGAAUUCAAUGAGUUGACGCUACUGGAGGAAUUCACCGUGGGGGUUACGUGA